AUAACUAAUUAGGUUAAAUUGCUCAUAAAACUGGUGAGAUGAUCAUGUUUUGAAGUAUGGAGAAACAAAAGGAAGAAAGCAGCGUUACUAGAACAAAUACGAUCACCCAAGAGAAUAGCAAAGAUGGCGGUUGGGGAUGGGUUAUUGUUGCUUCUGCUUUCAUGGCUCAUGUGCUAGCUGAUGGAGUGUUAUUUACACUUGGAGUAUUAUAUAUCGAAUUUCUAGAUGAAUUUGAGAAAGGAAAGGGAAAAACCGCUUGGAUUACCUCCCUUAUUCCAGGAACUAUGCUAACAGUAGGACCAAUUACCGGAGCUUUGACUAACCGUUUUGGGUGUCGAUCAAUGUGCAUAUUAGGUGCUCUUGUAGCUGCCGCUGGAUUUGUUAUUAGCUGUUUUGCUACCAGUAUAUAUUAUUUGUACUGUUCACUUGGAAUUUUAACAGGUUUAGGAUUUGGUGGUAUAUUUUUAUCCACAUUAGUAUGUGUUGGACAACAUUUUGAAAAGAGACGAUCAUUUGCUCUAGGUAUAUCUGUUAGUGGUUCAGGAGUAGGAACAUUUGUUUUUGCUCCAGUUGUGCGUAUUCUAAUAGACGAAUAUGGUUGGCGAGGUGCAAUUCUAAUGGAAGCAGGGUUCAUAAUGAACAUAGUUUUGUGUGGCGCUUUCUUUCGACCGGUUCAAAACAAAAGUGGGAAAACGACGGACAAGUCAGUAAUCAAGAACGAAGCAAUUGAUUUAUCAAUUGUAGAAGAUGAAAUCGACAUAAAAGAAGCAUCGAUGACAAGUAAGCAAAUAUUUUCGAUUGUGAAAAACAAAGAUGAAGGCUUACAAGCUUUAAAAACGAAAUCAACUACAUCACCAGACCCUUCUACCAAUUCUGUGUCCAGCUGCUUUUCUAAACAUUUUGACUUUGGUUUAUUAACAAACCCGGCAUUUACCAUAUUUGUUGUGUCGAAUUACUUCACCGCCCUUGGAUUUAAUACUCCAUAUGUGUAUUUACCAGAUAGAGCCGAGGAAAAAGGUAUGAACCAGUUUGAUAGUGCAUUUCUACUUUCGAUUAUUGGCAUUUCAAAUACAUUUGGACGUAUUAUUUUCGGAUGGAUUGCAGAUCGAAAGUGUGUAAAUCGGCUUUUGCUUUACGGCAUAUCGCUGGUCAUUUGUGGAACUGCUAAUGUAUUGAACCCACUUAAUGAUAGUAAAGUUUAUCUCAUGAUGUAUUCAUCUGUUUAUGGAAUGUUUAUUGGUGUAUUUGUAAGUUUGAAUACUGUGAUACUGGUUGACCUCCUAGGGUCAGAACGCUUAGAUAAAGCAUUAGGACUACUAAUGAUGUUUCAGGGAAUUGGUUGUUUCCUAGGUCCACCAAUAUGUGGUUGGUUAUAUGAUGGCACCGGCAGUUACAGCAUUCCUUUUUAUUUUGUUGGCGGUCUGGUUAUAUUUAGCGGAGUCGUGUUAUGUUUUAUUCCUCUUUACAGAAGAAGUCAAACAAAGAAUUCGUAUCGAAUAAGUGGAGAAUAAGAACAAAUUUGACGUCAUAAAAGUGCUGUUAAUAUUCAUUUCCAGCUAAUUCUUGCAGACCGUAAAAAUAAAAGACAUAUUACGACGCAAAGUUCAUUUUAUCUAUUGUCUGUAGAAGACAUAAAUAUUUUAAAAGUGUUUAGGUCAAGUUUUAUCAUAAAUCUAUGUUUUGCCUAUAAAGGAUGUACACCUCUGAGGAGCCAAAAAUUUCUAGAAUUAAACUUUUUUUCUUAACCUGAUUUUUGGGUUUAUAUGACUGUUAAAAGAUAAUUGGUGAAGAAAAAAUCAUAUAGUGGUGAACUUCUUUUUUUGCUACAGCCAUUUGAAAGUACCCAAUUUUGAUGAUUUUUCCAUUUUUCAUCAA